AAAUGAAAGUAGCCCUUUUCACGGAAAGAGGACCUGACACGAAACAGAUAAAAAUGGGAGACGACGAGGAGAAAAUGCGUAUGACAACACGUGUUCGUGAGCUCUUUCACGGACGUUUUAGCAAACAGGAAGUUACACGUCUCCUUGACAACCAUGGCUGGAACCAAUUGGAAGCUAUUGAUUUUGUCCUUAACAGUGAGCCACACAUUGUGAACCAGCUGCUGUCGAACAGAUCAGAGAGAGACAUUGUUGGGCUGCGUGAGGAUGAAGUUCUCCGUCAGAAUGCCGAGAGGGACAGGAUCCCAAACCGGAAGCGGCAGUUCGCGUGUGAGGCCUGUGAUAACGUGUGGUGGACGAGGGUCCCAAAACGCAAACCGGUGUCAAAGUGUAAUAGAUGUCAGCGGAAGUUCGACCCAAUACACGAGGAUGAGGAAUACGGAUGGGCCACAUUUCGUUGUGACUGUGGAAAAGAAUUCAGUGGUUACGGCCAGAAAAAUGUCACAAGAAGCGAAUGUUACAGUUGUCAUUCAAUGGCUCUAGCUGUUUCUGCCCGUCCACCGGAAGCUAGGAAAGACCGGAAGUCCCACAGUCGACAUAGCUGCAAUGCCCCUGACUGUACACACCGCAGCACAGGAAAUCAGCCGAGAAGUCACGGACGUCAAAACGCAGAAUACCAGGGGAGGGAAUAUAGAGGUCCAAGAGGUUACGGAGGAGAAGAGUUUGUGUAUGGAUAUGGCCAAUACCACGGUCAAGUCAACACACCGGGGAAUUUUAAUGGCGGUGAGUUGUUAUACGAUCGCAGAGGUACUCAAAGAAGACAUAAUAAUGGUACACAAAGAAGCGACAAUAAUACACGAAGGAGCGAUAAUGCAGGGCUUUAUCCUGACCCUCCAGGGAACAACCCCUCAGCAGGUGCCGAAUACAUUCCAAGUACCUGCGUACAUCCGGAGUCGCGCCAGGCGAGCGGCAAGAGGCGCGUGAUCACUCCCAGCCUGCCCCAUCGUAGUUCCGGUUCGACGGUGGACAGUUUGAUGCUGGAUGAUGACGAGGCCUCCUCUGUUCUCUCUGACUUCCGGCCCAGUGUCGACGUCAUUCCGGAAGAUCCGGACGAAGACAACAACGACGCCGAUAAUAACAACAGCAACGACGAGGAUUAGAUUAAGUGCAAAGGGCUGGGGUUGUCGAAAUUUUUUAUUUUGGAAAUGUAUUUACGAUACGAAAAUGAA